AUGCCCUCAUACUCAAAUUCAAGUAAUAAUUUUAUGCUGUCUUGGAAGAAUGGUUCUGGUUGGACUGAAGAAAGGGGAACUUUGAAUCAGAUUUUAAAUCAUUUCAACCAAAGAUUCAAUGUUACAAGCAAGGACUUCACUCUUCUCAUCAAGGCAGCUCAGCCACAGGACAGUGGCCUCUACGUCCUGGAGGUCACCGAUCACUCUGGGAAAUUUUGGGAACACAAGUUCCAGGUUUCUAUAUUUGAUCGUGUUGAGAAGCCCCACCUGGUGGAGAAGUGGAAGGUCCUGGAUGGGGGCGUUUGUCAAGUGACUCUGUCCUGCUUAGUCACCAGAGGUGGUGAUGUGAGCUAUGCUUGGUAUAAAGGGAGUAAUCUGAUCCAGAUACCUGAGAACAUCACAGAACUGGUGGAGAACGUUGAUGUCAAUGGUUCGCACUUCUAUACCUGCAAUGUCAGCAAUCUAGUCAGUUGGGCAAACCACAGCCUCCAGCUAACGCAGGGCUGUCAGAGAGACCACCAAGGUUUCACCUUUCUGUUCAUUUUGGUGAGCAUCGUGAUUCUCCUUGUGGCACUGUUCCUGGGCACCCUCACCUGCUUCUGUGUCUGGAGGAGGAAGAGGAAACAGUCACGGACAAUCCCAGAAGUUCUGACAGUUUAUGAAGAUGUCAACACCAUGCGAACCAGGAGGAAUCAAGAGCAGAAACCCCCUGGAGAAGGGAAUACCAUCUACUCCACGAUCCAGUCCCAGGCUUCUGCUUCCACGUCACAAGAUAAUGCAAAUACACUGUAUUCAUUGGUACAGACUCCCUGCAAGACUGGAUCCAAGAAGACAAAACGAAGCCCGUCCUUCAGUAAAACUAUCUAUGAAGAGGUUGGAAAAAGAACUUCCAAAGCUGAGAACCCUGCUCGACUGAGUCGUAGGGAGCUGGAGAACUUCUGGAUAUAUUCCUAG